AUAUGCUACCAAGAAAACAGCUGUAGCUACGAUCAUCUCAUCAUUCAUUGAUCGAUCGAUUUUCAUCAUGGAAACAAAGCUAACCGGUCUCAGAAUCUCCUCGUGGGUUCAACCCGCCGGCGGGCAAGCACGCCACAGCAGUCCGGUGGUGGCGGUGCUGACCAGGCCGUCGUCCUCCGAGAAUAUCGGGGCCGCCGACAAGAGGAACAACAACAGGAGCAUAGCAGUGAAGCCCCCCGCGGCGGCGGCAGUAACGACGACGCCGCCGCCGGCGGAGUAUCACGACAGCUGGUUGGAGGAGGCGGCGAUCAACUACCUGUCCCGCCACGUCCAAGAGGCGACGGGGGCGUGGAACGAGAAGAAGGGAUACGAGAGCUUGGUGCAGGCGACGAGGGACGUGACGAGGAAGUUCGAGGUGAGGCAGCAGCGUCACCUUGUGGUUCAGGCGCUUGCCAACGCCAUUCCCGCGCCGAUCCUUCACUUGAUAAGGACGGUUCUUCCCAACUCAAAGUUCAAAAGAGAGUAUUUUGCUGCUUUCACCACCGUCUUCUUUGCCUGGCUCGUCGGCCCAUGUGAGGUACGAGAAUCAGAGUUUAACGGGAGCAAGGAGAAAAAUGUUGUCCACAUAAAGAAGUGCAGGUUCUUGGAGCAGAGUAAUUGUGUUGGGAUGUGCACUAAUCUCUGCAAGGUGCCGUCUCAAACCUUCAUCAACGGCUCCUUUGGAAUGCCGGUCAACAUGGUUCCUAAUUUUGAUGAUAUGAGUUGCGAGAUGAUAUUCGGACAGGAACCCCCAGAAUUGAGUGAAGAUCCAGCUUUCAAGCAACCAUGCUACAAACUAUGCAAAAUAAACAGAAGCCACAAAGACAACUGCACAAGUUGAACGCGACAAGAGAUGCAAGAGGGGGAUCGAAAUUAGGGCACUUUUUUCAACGAGAAACCUUGUUUCAGAUACCUACUUCCCAAAUUGUUUUAUAAACUAGGGGAGGGAAAAAGAAUUCUUAAAAUGGCAAUUCCAGAAGAAUCACAUUAUUUUUCUCUAGUUUAUAUACGCGGGUUACUGAAAGAC